AUGAGGUUUCUAGCCCUCGCCAGACUACUCUGCAUCUUGCUUCUCUGCUUGUCCGUCUUCUCCGCAGAAGGGAGAAGGCAUCCGAGGCAUCCUGCCAAGCCCGGGAAAGGCAAGCCCUGCUGUCCCCGAGUUCCUGGUCCUGACCUGAUGACCCGGAAAGGACACCAUGUGAGAAGCUGCAGACCAUGCAAGUUCAAGCCAAAGCCCCGCUCUUGGGUGGUGCCUGGGGCACUCCCACAGGUGUAGUGCUCCCCAAAACAGGCUCCAUAUAGCCGAGACCCUCAUGCUCAGUGCCUUAGGCACCCAGAAGACUUAGGUUCCCCCAGGAUGCUCCCCUCAAAGUUGGGGCUGACGACAAAGCCUCUGCCCAUGAACCUGAGCCUUCUCUCUUAAAGACACAACAUUUCUUGCCUGCCAUGUUGCACUGUGCUCAUGCUGCCUUUUAGAAAAGCCAGAACCAGAAUCUUCUGAAAACCACAACAUGGAUUCAAAGGUCAAAGUUCUGGAAUGCCUGUCUU